GAAAAGAUAUAGUAGAGCAUCAUCUUGACCCAUCCCAAACCCCAGCUCAACCCGCAGAUCUCAAUCCUCCCCAAUGGCAUCCAAUAAUCUAUUUUAUUAUAUGCUUGAUUCUUAAUCACGCCUUUUCUAUCUGUCUUUGUUGUAGUUUGUAUCCUCUCUGUGGUUCAAAACCCUAAUUUAAUUCGAUGGACCGAUUUCAGAACCCUGUGCCUCUGAGCAGCGUGGGUUUCAGCAAGCCUCCACCAAUCCAGAGCGACGGCGCAGGUAAGAAGCCACUUCCGCCUUUGCUUCUCGAUAGAUUUAGGGCCAUGAUCAAGGAUCUCGAGGAAGAACUUAAGGUUUUUGAUGGUGCAGCUGUUUUGCCGUCGGAAACCGACGAAAUUGUUCAGCUUUAUGAGAUUAUUUUGUCGGAGCUCACUGUCAAUUCGAAGCCAAUGAUUACUGAUCUCACUGUACUUGCCGAAGAGCAGCGAGCACACGGCGAGGCCAUUGCUGGUGCCAUUUGCUCCCGGAUUAUUGAGGUUUCUGUUGAUUAUAAACUGCCUUCUUUAUACCUUUUGGAUAGCAUCGUGAAGAACAUAGGCAAGGAAUACAUUAAAUUCUUCUCUGCUCGGUUGCCUGAGGUUUUCUGUGAGGCUUACACACAAGUCCACCCCAACAUGCACAAAGCAAUGCGCCAUCUGUUUGGGACAUGGUCUACAGUUUUCCCAGUGUCAGUGCUUCAAAAGAUUGGGACAAAGUUAAAGUUUUCUCCUCCUGUAAAUGGUCAUUCUUCUGGAGUAAGCUCUUCAAGAGCUUCUGAAUCUCCUCGACCAGCACAUGGGAUACACAUAAACCCCAAGUAUUUGGAAGCACAACGGCAGUUUGGACAAUCAUCAGUAGAUCCUUUUAGAACUGAAGGAGUGAGUUCAACUGGUCGUACAGGCCUUACAGCUUCUGGUGUAGAUGCUGUAAAAGUGUCUCUCUCAUCAGCUUCUAGGAUAAAAAGGUCCUCCCCUCCUUGUGGACUUGGGCCUGCAGGAUCAUUGUCUCCUGCUGGUCCUUCAAUCAAGGAUUUUGGCAUGGAUAGUUCCACAAAGAGACUCACUGUUAGGCAGUCACCAUCUCAUCCUGGAAGUGAUUAUGGGCCAAGCAAAGUGGUGAUCAAAGAGGAGACAAGUGAGUGGCGGAAAAGAAAUCUGCAGGGCAAUCCCAAACCACAGCUUAAAGCAGUAGCAGCAGCUGCUGCGUAUAAAUGUAGUGGUGGUAUUGAUCUUCGAGGACCGAGAGCAUUGAUUAGUGCCUAUGGGAUGGAUGAACGAGAAAAACAUUUAAACAAUAAACAUCAUAAAGCUGAGGAGUUGGAUUCACAUGGUGCUGAGCAAAAGAUAGGUAUCAGGACAUGGCAAAACACUGAAGAGGAAGAAUUUGAUUGGGAAGACAUGACCCCAUCUUUAGCAGAUCGGAUGCAGUCUAGUGAUACAUAUUCAUCUCUUCCAUCUCUAGGUAACUUGACCGGAAGACAGAGUGUUGUUGCAGACCAUGCUGCACGUUUGUCUGCUCCUGGAUCUGUUAACAAUGUUGCUGGCGCCAGUAAUUUUAUGAGCCAUAUUCCUCCUAAUUUUGGCCGAGAAUCCUUGAUUUUACCGCCACAGCAGUCUCAGGGCCAAUUUAAUGCCAACGGAAGUGGUUCUCUAGCUGAAAGUAGAAACGUUUUAACUGGUGGUGAGCAAAAGAGCCAAGCUGGAAAUUUCUCAAAUAUUGAUUGGAAGUCUGGUCGGCCUGCUGGUGUUGUUUCAACAUUUGGCUCCACCUACGACUCACUGGCUCCUGAGAUUCGAUCAGGUGAUGCUGCUUUAAGAAAUACAUGGAAUCCUGCAAAUUUUCAAAACUCACAGAUUAUGCCAUCGCACUCUAGUCUUCCUCAACAAAUGCUAUUUAGAGGUCAGUUUGGUAUGAAGAAUGCUUCCAAUAUUGCCGAUCAAAUGCAUUCUGAUCCUGGUAGCAGUAGAAGCAUGCCACCGGUGACCUUGUCCCAAAUUUCUAGCAUUCGUCCUGGAAUGGUUCCUGUAAAUUUGCAUGGUGCAACACAGCCAAACUUUUCAAUGGCUCGAGAGUCCAGACAAAAUUUGCACUUGCCUUAUUCAGUUCCUGGUUCAUCAAAUACAAUGGUACCACCUUUGAACUAUAGAUACUUAGCUCAAGGGCAGGGUCCUGCUGGCACUACUCCACAUAUGUCAUUUCAAGUACCCGGGGCAACCUUACAGCCUCCACCAAGGGGUCCUCAUCCAGGGACAACUCAAGCAUUUCCUAUUGGUCGAAAUAAUGGGCAAGUUGCUCCUAAUGGCUCCGUGAGGAAUGGGCUUUCAGGGUUAAUAUCUUCUUUAAUGGUCCAAGGUUUAAUAUCUUUACCAAAGCAGGAUUCUGUUGGAGUGGAGUUUGAUCAAGACAGUCUUAAGGUGCGUCAUGAGAGCGCAAUUACGUCUUUAUAUACUGAUCUUCCAAGGCAAUGCAGAACUUGUGGCCAUCGGUUUAAAGACCAAGAAGAGCACAGCAAGCAUAUGGAUUGGCAUGUAAACAAGAACCGAACUCUAAAAAACCGCGAGACAAAACCUUCUCCGAAGUGGUUUGUAGACAUAAACAUGUGGCUCAGUGGCACAGAAUCCUUGGGAACUGAAUCAGCUCCAGGUUUUUUGCCCAUUGAAAAUACUGUAGAAAAGGAGGAGGAUGAAGAAAUGGCUGUUCCUGCUGAUGAUAGCCAGAAGGCUUGCGCACUAUGUGGAGAGCCCUUUGAUGAUUUCUAUAGUGACGAAAUGGAAGAAUGGAUGUAUAGGGGAGCCGUAUACAUGUAUGCACCAGCUGGGUUAGCAGUUGGAAUGGACACAUCGCAAUUAGGUCCUAUAGUGCAUGCCAAAUGUAGACCUGACUCACAUGGGGUUUCAUCGGAAAAUUAUGAGGAUGAAACGGAAUCAACUAAAGAAGGUAGUAAAAGGAAAAAACUGCGAAGUCAUUCCUGAUAUUUGCAGGUCACAUGUAACUUCGGUUUUGAGUUAUUAUUAAUUCAUUUCAUUCAUCUAUAAUAGCUUGUAGCCUGCCAGAAAAUGUGUACAUGAGUAGUGGACUUGUUUUAACAGUCUUGUGGAAAAGAAAAAAGAGUUAGAGCAGACACACUUCACGUCCCUUGCUUUCGUGAAUUUUCUAGCAUUCUUUACCUAGCUUUCUUCAAGUAGUGGUUGGAGCUUCAAUUUGUGUUGAAGCCGUUGCUUCAAAAUAAUAAUAUGGUUGUGUGAGAGGGGUUGUUUGUUCGAUGAUUGUGUGGGGGCUAUAUUUGCUUAAAUUUUGCAGGAGCUCGUGUAAUUGUAUUCUGUGGGCAGGCUAAUUGAGUUGAAGAAAGAUCAAUUUCAGCUGCAUCUGUUUUAUUAGCUCUAACUUGUGGUUUUUGGUUAGCAUUUUCAAGUAGAGCCAACCAACUUUUGAUUUAAUUUUAUAGUUAGCCAUAGUAAUGUUUUAUUCUUCUGUUCCCUUGGGGGAAAUUUUCAUUAUAGUGUAGCAUGUUUUACUCUGUAACUGCAUAACUAUGAAUUGCAGAUUAUAUUGUUAUCAGCUUAUUAUGAUUGGAUUUUGUUCA